AUGCCCCUCACUAUCCUCUCCCAAGCGCAGCUCCGCUCGCUGCUGCUGUCGCUGAGCUCCGAUGAGAUCGCCAAGGUGCAACAGAGCCUGGCCCAGGCGCUAUUAGAAUACUCGACCGGAAGCCAGGAUCAGGGAUGCGCCGCGACCUAUCAACCUCUCAGAACCGCUAUCACUCGGAAGAAUGGCUGCACGACACUGUUCAUGCCUGCCAGCACUGGCCAGACGAUCGGCAUGAAGAUGAUUUCUCUGCAAGAUGGGGGUGCGGCAGGGUGCAAGAUGGAAGGUGCCUUUGAGAUACCUGAGGGACCGAAAACGGCCUCGCGACCGCGGACCGGCCCCAGAGACUCCAUGGCUUCGAUAGCUUCGGAGAUGAGUGAUUUAUCUAUUUCAUCACAGGAAGGUACCGCGUCGAGCUCAUCCAGCAGCCAGUCUCUGCAGUCCGGCACGGUGAACUUUCAGACAGUCGGCUCGAGCAUGUCGAAGACGUUGGGUGCGUGGCCCGGGGCUGGCAGCCGAGACACCUCCCCGCAGGGCACCGUGACGCUGCUGGACUGCGACAGCAUGCCAAUCGGACUGAUCAAUGCACAUGAGCUGACGCCAUUCCGCACCGCGCUCACGACGAUGAUGUUGUUCAACAAGCGCAAGCGAGUGCGCACGAUCGUGGUGUUUGGGGCGGGCAAACAGGCUUAUUGGCACAUUCGGCUGGCUCUCGUGCUGCGUGGGGCGGACAUCAAGCGGGUGGUCAUCAUCAAUCGGUCGUUCGACCGCGCAGCCAAGCUUCUGAAGGAGAUCUAUUCCCCCGAGAGCGCGAGCUGGCGCGGUGAUGUGAAAUUCUCCGCGCUCAGCAGUGAUUUCGGCGAGUACAAGCGUAUCAUCAACGAUGCAAUCCACAAGGCGGAUGCGAUCUUCUGCUGCACUCCGUCCGUGGAGCCUCUGUUCCCGGCAGAACUUCUCACGUCCCGCGACGGUCGCCAAAAGGGUCGAUUCAUCAGCGCCAUUGGAUCGUACAAACCCCACAUGACAGAACUGCACCCGGAUAUCCUUCGCCACGAGGUCAGCGUGGAUCACUCCGCGCGUCAUUUCCACAAACACAUCAAAAGGAGCGGCGUCAUCGUGGUCGACAGUCUCGACGCGGCGUUGAAGGAGGCCGGAGAGUUGAUCCAGGCGGGCAUCAAGCCGAACCAGGUUGUCGAGCUGGGAGAGCUUCUGAUGGUGCGAGACGCAUCCCAGAAAGAGAGUGGUGACCAGGAGGUCGAAGACACCAAGAGCCUGCGCGAAUGGGCCGAGCGCGGCAAUGUCAUCUACAAGAGCGUCGGGCUGGGUCUUAUGGACCUGGUGACUGCAGGCGACCUCAUCAAGCUGGCCCGGGGAAGGAAAGUAGGAACCGUCAUCGAGGACUUUUGA